UGCACAGAUAUGGGUACAUCUAACAGUUCAAACUCAGGUACAAAAAGACACUGUUUCCGUAGUUUGUGCUCAAAUUCUUGUUAAUCACUGUUUUACUUGCUUGGACUUCAAAUUCCCUCCAUCUUAUGUCAAUGUUUACAAAGUUUCCCAAUCUGCACGACUAACAGGAUUACUGCUCGGGUGUCCGUGUGUAUUUUUAAGUAGCUGACAGACAACAUAAAAAAUACGCAGCUCUGCAACAUUUGACUAUUGCAUAUAGAAAUAUGCAGACGUAGACGACUUUUUUGAGGUACCGUGCUAACAUUUGUGGUAUAUAAGGCUUGAAGUCUGAAUAGUCCAUCUAGUGUUACAAGCAGAGCUGAACCAAAAGCAGAUUUCCGUGAAGAGCACUCAGCGUGCUUCUGCAACACAAACACGGCUGGCUGUGUAACCUCUGGGCCAAUCAUAUGCAAACAUCCCACUGCACUUUGCCACGAGCGGCCAAACGUCUGCAGUCAUUGACGUCUUGUUGACAGCAUUUUCACCGGAGUAGGAUGGCGAGGAUUCACUUACCACUCAUCGUCUGUCUGCUGCCACUGGACAUCUGGAUCAGCUGUGAUGCCUCUGUGUUCCCAGUUGUUCCCAGGCACACAGCAGGGUCUUUCUUAAAGAGACAGAAGCGAUACAAUACACCAUUCGAGGAAAUCAAGCAAGGCAAUCUGGAGCGCGAGUGCCAUGAGGAGAUGUGCAGCUUCGAGGAAGCCAGGGAGGUCUUCGAGGAUGGAGAGAAGACAAGGGAGUUUUGGAUCAGUUAUAGAGAUGGGGACCAAUGUCUGUCCUCUCCAUGUCAGAAUGGGGCAGAGUGCAAAGACGCUAUAAGCUCUUACAUAUGUUGGUGUCCUGUUGGGUUCAGUGGGAAAAACUGCGAGAUAGAGUCUAUGAGGCAGUGCGAUAUGGACAACGGGGGCUGCGUGCAUUUCUGCAAGCCUGAUAAAUUCCGAGGGGCGGUGUGUGAAUGCGCAGCCGGGUAUAAGUUAGCAGGGGACGGAAGGACCUGCGAUCCUGAAGGAGACUUUCCCUGUGGUAGACUUGCAGUUAAUGUCAUUUCAGCUUUAUCUGGUCGGUCUGCACAGGCCGACCUUCCAGAGGAAAACCUUAAUGACACUAUUAAUAAUUCUCUACUCCUGCCUAAACAAAGCGGGCAUGUUGACAGCACCACCAACCAUUCCGCAACUAAUAACGUUACCUGGAAACCAACUCUUAGCGAGCUGCCCUCCUGGGCCUUCUCCCCCACCUUGCCCACCAUCCAGGAGGAGGUGGCCACAGACAAGCGCAUCGUUGGGGGCAAUGAGGUUACUCCUGGAGAGAUCCCUUGGCAGGUGGCACUGAUUGACAAUGACAAACGAGUGAUUUUCUGUGGAGGAUCCAUCCUCAGUGAGCGCUGGGUCAUCACAGCUGCCCACUGCCUGGAGAAGAUCACCAUAGACUCUUUCUUCGUCCGAGUGGGGGAGCACAAUGUGCACAGAAACGAAGGCACCGAGGACGACUACGAGAUUUCCGAGUGGCAAGUGCACAACAGCUACAAUGCUAGCAAGAGCAGGUUCAACCACGACAUCGCCCUGCUGCGACUGAAGACGGCCAUCGUCUUCUCAGAUUUCAUCCUCCCAAUCUGCCUCGGGCCCAAGAAGUUCACCGAGGCGGUUCUGGAGAGCGGUAUCCGCUCGCUGGUGAGUGGCUGGGGAAGGGUGCGCUUUGCGGGGGCCGAGUCCCCCGUGAUGCAGAAGGUGGAGGUGCCAUAUGUUCAGCGAACCGUGUGCAAGGACAGCAGCAGCAGCCACAUCAGCCGCUACAUGUUCUGCGCGGGCUACCUACACGAGCACAAGGACGCCUGCCAGGGAGACAGCGGGGGGCCACACGCUAGCAAGUACCGGGACACCUGGUUCCUGACCGGCAUCGUAAGCUGGGGGGAGGAAUGUGCCAAAGACGGCAAGUUUGGCGUCUACACCCACGUGUCUUACUACUACCACUGGAUCAGCUGCAUCACUGGCAUGAAGAGGAGCCAAAACAAUCUGGACGACAAAGCUGCCAAUCAACCUCCGUCAUGCAAUUUCAUGAAGAGAAACCUUCAGUAAGAACGCACACACACGGAAUGAAAGUUUGCGACGCCUGUUUAAAGUUUGUUUCGCUGUUCUCGGUUUUUAAUCUUCAUGAUUAUGGCUCAUGAUCGAAGAAAAAUUCUGAAAGGUUUCAUUUGGACGGCAUGCUACAGUGGAAGCAGACUAACACAAAACUGUGCUCUUCCAUACAUGCCAAAUGCUUGAGUAAUUGGCAAAAAUUAGCUAAGUACUGUAUGAACCUAUUAACCAGGGAGGCUGAUUAACGGGCUGCGGAAGUUACCCACACGUAGAACUCCAUUAAGGUGUUUAAUAUAAUUAAAUUGCAUCACUAUCGUAUUGUUUGAUAAUCAUUGGAUCAGAAUGUGCUUUAUACUGUCUUAUUUACAAUCUAGAUAAUAUAUUUAACACAUAUACAUUUUUCCGCUAAACAAAUGUGUUUUUGCCAGUUGGCAUAAAGUGGUUAAACCUCUCAGGGCACAUUGUGAAUCACUCAUCUGUAAUCCUGCUACUCCAGAGCUUAAAAAUAGUAGUUUUGUGCCAU